AUGGCGCGUAUCUCGUGGGACCCUCGAGGAUGUGAAUCCUCCAGCUUUACAAAUACUGAUAGCGAUAAUACUACCGAACACCUUCGAUGUCGUUUCACGCCCAGACCAGCGAUUAAGAAGCCAACUCGACUCUGGGACCGGACGCCAGCUACUCCCGUUAGUCCUCGAUGCAAGUCGCAUAAGAUUUGGAAGAGAUUGCAUUCUGCUUCAGGCGUUUUACAGGCGAACAUGAGGUCGAGAGGCACGGAAAUGACGGAUUCUGAGGGGGAUGUGUUGGUAGAGGAGAUCAACUUGGCCAAGAGCUCCGGUGUCUUACGCAUCACGAAGAAACUAUGUGUUGGCAAGGGUGUCAAGUCUGGCGACGAAGAGUGGAAGCGUGCCUUCGAGGCGACGAAGUUUGAAGCGGAGAGCUUUACGGCCCGCCGCAAAUACAUGGUGACGACGAGUCCAGUUAAAAAGCCCUCGGCCAUCGCGACACUCUUGAAGCAAUCAGUUCUCGAACAAGACGAUGCAGAACUAUUUACCACUUUCUUAACUGAGGCGCGGGCGAAACGAGAAGCGAAGCAUGCCCAGGCAACCGACACGGCUGAUACAAAUGCGUCGGUGACUCUGCUACGAUUUUCCUCCAGGAACAAGUACCGCAAAGCCCUGGAGAACCUGGAUAAAAACUCGCCCUCUUCAUCAAUUCGCCAGGCCUCACCUUCCAAACUUUUACAACCGCCUGUAUCUCCUCUUGCGGAGCCUGAUAAAGAGAAUGCGCCGGAAUUGCUUGAAGGAGAAGAGAAGCCGGCCUCAACCCCUUCUCCCAAAAAGCGUGGGCGACCCGCGAAGCAGCGUGUCAUCCCACGGAUCCCAGAGAAGAUACCACUUCGCCGCUCCAAUGGCACGGAAUUCGUUUUUAAAUUGAAGACAGACACGCAGCAACUUGCACUUACGACAAAGGCAAAUACCAAACAUAAUAGGGGCGAUUCGAAGCUACCUCAUAUCGUUUUAGAAUCUAUCAAUGCGACACAAGUGGAUGAUAUGGCGAGCUCGUCCCCGGACCCGUCGCGCGUGCGAAGACGGCCCCUGAAAACGGUGACCUGGGACGACAAGAACCUCGUCACGUUUGCCGACGAAAUUUCGACGCCAGUGACUGACUCGCCAAAUCAGUUGCUAUCUGGGAGAAGAAGUUCACGGCGCCUGGCAUCAAUUCCACCACAGCCAAGCACUCCAGUGCCGCGAAAGAUGCGGAAAUUGGGAUCAGCCAAGACACAAUCGAUCAAGCGAGAGACUCUUGAGAGCGUGCAGGUCAUGACACCGCCGACAGCGUUUGGCGUUCAGACGAGAUCCACCAAGCAAUCGUUUCCGUCGCUGAAAGGCACGCCGAUUUCAAAAAGGAAAAGGUUAACGCCUGAACCUAGGAAAAUUAAGGACUUUGAGGAUAAUACUGGGGUGGAGGAUGGGAAGGAGGAUGAUGGGCUGGGGAAGACUGCAAAGCUUGGAGGGAUACAGGGUUCUGCUCAGAGAUUUCGGGUGAAGAUUCGAUGA